GCGAUAAUUCAGACGCAAUGCUUCGGCCAUUCUUGAACGCAGAGGUCAUGAUGGAAAGAGCUGCACAAGUGUUUAAUGCUAUUGGUGCGCAGACUGUAGCCGAAGGGUUACUAGUACCCAGUGAUCGCCGGAUCAUGGGCACAGCUACAUUUCACCAAGAAAGACUCGUUGUCAAUCGCGUCUCGGUCAUCCUGAUGAGCGUCGCCUUUGCCAUCAUUCGCUGUCUUUGCGCAGUGUUGAUCUUUGUACGGUCCUGGGACGUUGUCCCACGCCGACCAGCCAGUGCCGUUGACACGAUCAGCAUAUGUCUGACAAGUGUGCCAUUCAAGGAGUCAUUACGAGACUCCGCCCACUUGUCAUUUUCGCUUUGGGAGUCGAAAAGCAAGCCCACGUCUUAGAGGCCAGUCGGACAACACAACACGCUUCUCACUGUAUACUGUGGUGGCACCCCUGGGGAAGUAGAUUUGCGACCAAGUUGGCAAUAGUCUUACUACCAUUGGCGUGUAUAGCUGUCCUGGAGGUCUUACAGGCCAAGUCCAACGAUCAUCGUGGUUUCGCUAAACUGACAGAUUCGGAAGGGCAAAGUUUCGAGAUUGCAAAUUAUGCCACUCAGUACUUGCCAGCUGCGAUCGUGAUAUCCAUCAAACUGUUGUUUGGCGGACUAGAGGAUGUGGUUAAUGUUUUUGCACCCUUUCUCCCCCUUCGAAAAGCUCACGAUCAGAGCUUAAAAGCCGUCAAGAAGAUAUCAUGGCUACCAUCG